AUGAGGCACCUUUUCCUUGCACUGGCAUUUGAGAACACUGAAGUUGUAAAUACAGCUAGAUGGUCAAUGAUCACUUUCUAUGAAGGCAAAUGCUUCACAGGCAGGAAGUUGGAGGUUUGUGGCAGCUGCAGCAGCUUCCAGGACCAAGGAUUCCUCAACCGGGUCAACUCCAUCUGUGUUCAGAGCGGGGCCUGGGUCUGCUUUGAUCACCCCAACUUCCGAGGGCAGCAGUACGUCCUGGAGCACGGCGAGUACCCCAAUUUCUAUCGCUGGAAUGGUCGCAGUGACCACCUGGGCUCCUGCCGGCCCGUCGGGAUGCAUGGAGAGCACUACAGGAUCCAAAUAUUUGAGGGGAGCCAUUUCAGCGGUCCCAGCCUGGAGCUGACAGAAGAUUGCUCCUUCCUGCAGGGACAAGGCUGGGACAAGACCUGCAUCAACGCCCUCAAAGUGUAUGGUGACGGCGCGUGGGUGCUGUACGAGGAGCCCAACUAUCGAGGCCGUAUGUAUGUGGUGGAGCGGGGCGAGUUCAGCAACUUUAAUGCAUGGCAGGCACGCAGCGCGAGUGUCCAGUCCAUCAGAAGAGUUAUCAACUACUUCUAGCUGAGCUCUCAUCCUGCCAGAGAUGGGCUGCUGAGA